AUUAUUACUAUUAUCGUCGUCCUCGGUUCGCGGCCAUCCGUCGUCAUACGCACGCCGUCACGGCGACAGAACGCCAGCGACACCGGCCGCACCCGUACGCGCUUCGCUCGUCAAUAAUUUGUCGUUUUAAUAUUUUCCGUCGUUCGCCUCGCUCGCCGUCAUGUUCGCCUGCACCGCCGCCGUCGUCUGUUGCACGCUGUUCGUCACUGUCGCGGCCAGGCGCGGCCAGACCGUCGUGGCCCGUCCGACGACGACCACGACGACCACCACGACGACGACCGCCGAUUGGAGCGCAGACGGCCCUGCGCUUCUGCGCGGCACAGUCAAUCCGGCCGGUGGUUCUUCGUGCUGCAACGGGCCAUACACCGCCGCGGCGGCCCACUCGUCGCGGUACAACACCGUCGCAGGUCCCCGUGAGAUCCCUUUGAAUGUCAUACUGGAAUUGAACCAGGUGACGAAUGUGUCAGAACUGUUCUCUAAAUUCAUGCCGGACACAAAUAUAGAAGAAGCCCAAACACUUUUCGCCACGACAGGUUUUCAAAGCCGAACUGCGCUAAAUGUAGAAAGAAAAUCAACAUUGAUACCUAAGCCAGCUGGUUGUUCUGUUGAAUCUCAAACCAUCAGCCUUAAAGAUACUGACGAUCAAAGUUUAUAUUAUUAUCCAACGUGUACCCGGGUGAACCGAUGCGGAGGUUGUUGCGCCCACGACUUGUUGGCAUGUCAACCGACUAAAGUCGAAACCCUCAACUUCGAAGUAAUGGUCUCACAGUAUAACGACGAUGGAAAACUAGAAUUCAAAGGUCGGAAAACAGUGUCAAUAGAUCAACACUUGAAAUGCAAGUGUGGAUGCGUUGUUAAACAAGAAAAUUGCACCCCCCUGCAAACGUAUUACCCCAACGAAUGCCGUUGUAUGUGUAGCAAUGAAGAGGACCGCGACAAGUGCAACGACGAAUACAACUUAAAGCUAUGGAAUUCGGCGACUUGCAUGUGCCAAUGUCGCGAAAUAAAAGAAUGUACAUCAGGAUUUGCCUUUGAUUAUAAUACUUGCGGGUGUGAGCCAUUAAGAAUAAGAAUAAAAAACCCCAGUUAUGAAUUCAACAAAAACACGUAUUCAUUGGGAGGAACGUGACCUUAUUCAAAUUUCGAUGUAAAUAAUACAUUUAUUGAAAAUGAACAACAAUUUUUAUUGUGUACAGGAUAGAGCUUUACUUUUUCUAUUAAAUAUAUAUAUUUAUUUAUUUUAUGCAUGCGUUGCUCUAUUGAUUUGUAUGUUGUAUACUUGUAUUUAUAUGAAGCAAAAACUGUUUUUAUUACUAUUUUUUUUUUAUUAUAAUAUGUGUGCUUAAUGGAAUUCCUAAAACGCUUUUAUUGUUCCACAGUUUUUGACAUUUUUUGUUUUUGUUUAAUUAAUAAAAAAAAAAAACUACUGUAAAA